GACAUUGCAUCCACGCACAGCCAAUCAGAAGGCGAUGCGUCAGAGGCGCGCCUGUUUUUACGUCUCGCGACUGGCGCUCAACACGGAUAACCGCAUUUUCUUUAUUCUGGCGGCUAUUUUAACUCUGAGGGUGGCUGUUGUGCUAAAAAAUACUCCCGUCAUUGAAUGAUGGAAGCAAUCCGGUUGCAUCGCUUUCUGUGAGGCGGACUACAAGUCCGCCAAGGGGGUCAGUGUGGUCACGUGACAGUGUGGGCAGCUGACAGACACUCUUCGGUGUCCUCUGGCUGUUUGCUUUCACACACUUUAUUGGGCCGUGUGUGCUCUUGAACUGUUUGUCAACCCUCUUACCAAAGGCGAGUCCUCAUGGAUAUCCAGGGGCCCCGUGGGCAAACCUUCCUAUUGCACCAGUCGGAGGGUGCAACGACCGCUGUCGACUUGCAGGAGUUGACAGUGGAGAAUGUGGAGGCGGCUCUCUCCCAGCUGUAUUUUGAGCCAGACAUGGAGCGUAAGCAUGCCGCCCAGAAGUGGCUGACGCAGGCUCAGGCAUCUGCCCAGGCGUGGCACUUCUGCUGGAUCCUGCUAAGCCCUGACAAGCUCCCAGAAGUCCAGUUCUUUGGUGCCAGCACCCUCCACACCAAAAUCUCCUCUCACUGGAGCGAACUGCCCGCAGACCAACAUGAGCACCUGAGAGCGCAGCUCCUUUCUCACAUUUUGCACUUCUCCUCCGGCCCGAAAAUGGUGUUAACAAGACUAUGUGUUGCACUGGCCGCGAUGGCCCUUAACUUAAUUCCCCAUGUCUGGUCACACCCGGUUGCUGACAUGGUGCAAGCCUUCCAACCUCAGAGCCCUGAAGAUGCCAAGGAGACGCAGGACCCUCAGCUGCACUGUCUCGCACUGCUGGAGCUCCUGGUUGUACUUCCGGAGGAGUUCCAGAGCAGCCGGCUGGCGCAGAGCCGACGCGGACAGCUGAGGGCAGCUCUGGCUGGGGAAUGGAGAGCCAUAUGUCCUCUCCUGCGACAGCUCCUCCAAAGCCAGGAUUCGUCGAGUCAGGUGAAGGAGAAGGUGCUCCGUUGCUUGUUUAGCUGGUUGGGACUGGAUGUGCAACUAGGGGAGACUCAGGAACUGGUGCAGGAUUGUUUCACGACUUUAUCCAACCCUGUGCUGUUUGACCCAGCCGUCGAGACGAUUGUCAGCGCCAUCUCGCAACCUGACUGCCAGAGGUACGUCAGUGCUCUGAUGAGUCUAAUGCCUCAGGUGCUGGGUCUCCAUGAUCAGCUGAAGACAGCAGUUCAAGAUGGGGACAUGGAGACCUCACAUGGGAUCUGCCGUAUUGCCGUCGCUAUGGGAGAGACACAUUCCAGGGUGUUGCUGGAGCAGGUGGAGCACUGGCAGCAGUAUCUUGCCUUGGUCAACAUGAUUCUGUCCUGUACUGGGAUUCCUGGCCAGUACCCAAUCAGCGAGACAACCAGCUCCCUCACACUCACUUUCUGGUACACUCUGCAGGAUGACAUCUUGUCUUUUGAGGAGGAGAAGCAGGCCAUUUAUCUGCACGUCUACCGGCCCGUGUAUUUCCAGUUGGUGGAUGUGUUACUACACAAAUGCCACUACCCUUCCCAGGAAGAGUACACCUCCUGGAGUUGUGAUGACAAGGAGCAGUUCAGAAUCUACAGAGUGGAUAUCUCGGACACAUUGAUGUACGUCUACGAAAUGUUGGGAGCCGAGCUGCUCAGUAACCUUUACGACCGCCUGGGCAGGCAGCUGAUGGACCCCCAGCAGGCAGCACAAUGGCAGGAAACAGAGGCUUUGUUAUUCGGCUUCCAGUCCAUAGCCGAGACCAUUGAUGUGAACUACUCAGACGUCAUCCCAGGUCUGAUUGGGCUGAUCCCCGGAAUCAACGUCAGUAACGUCAUGCUGGCUGACACAGUCAUGUACACGAUAGGAUCCCUGGCGGAGUGGCUGGUGGACCACCCGGUGAUGCUUGGGGGCAUGUUACCCAUGGUCCUCCAAGCUCUGGCGAGGCCCGAGCUGUCCGUGUCCAGUGUUUCGACUCUGAAGAGGAUCUGCAGGGAGUGUCGACACGACCUCGGAUCCUUCACUCAGGACAUUCUCACCGUGUGCCAGGAUGUGCUGGUUAAAGGUCUCCAUAAGAGCAGCCAGUGCAUGUGGCUCAUGCAGGCUCUGGGCUUCCUGCUUUCCGCUCUUCCAGCCGAGGAGAUCUUGGGAAAAUUGCACUCGCUCAUCAGUCCUCAUAUCCAGCAGAUGGACAGUCUGGCCCAGCAAGCGGCUGAUCCUGCCCAUAAACAGUCUAUCAUUCACAUCCUGGGAAUGUUGUCCAGCCUCUUCUCCUCUCUGGACUUCAAUAGAUAUGCAGACGGCUUCGAGGGAGCGGUCCACGCGGCACCGCCUCACCCUCAAACCACACGCAACCCAGUUGUGGUGGUACUAGAGCAAGUUUACCCAUUGAUCCAGAACAUCCUCAGCAAAUGGCUUGAGGACACUGAGGUGGUGGAGGCAGUGUGUGGAGUAUUUGAUAAGACCCUUCGAACUCUCCUCCGGGAUUUCGGGCCCUUGGUCGCUCGGUUGAGUGAGACGCUCGGUCAAAUUUAUAGCACCUUCCCGCAAGCCUCAGCACUUGACCUGGCGUCUCAGAUGGUUCACGUCUUUGCUGGAGAGGAAUGCCACAUCUCCUCCAUUAAGAACAUGUUGAAAGUUCUGACGUCUUCCACGGUGACAAUAUUUCAACAAGGCAUCAGGGAUCAUCCUGAUGUUGCAGAGUCCUUCAUGCACCUUCAUGCUCAGGUUCUUAAAAGAAAACCCGAUUUGUACCUGGAAUGUGAUCAUCGGGAUAUGAAUGCGCUAUUUUACUGCGGAAUUCUGUCACUUAAAUUUCCUGAAACCUCCACAGUAAAAGCUGCCAGCUUCUUCUUUACCGAAUUAUUGUCCCGAUGUCAAGACGUGUCAUGUCUUGUUGAGGUGCUGCAGAGGGACGGAAAGCUCCUUACAGAGACCAUCCUACAGGCAGUUGGCGGUGGAUCUCCUCGAAGUCUGAUGGAUCAUUUCGCCGAGGUGUUGCUUAGUCUGAGCAGACACUGUCCGGUUCUGCUGUCCCAGUGGCUCCAAGAACUUCUGCAGUCACCAGGAUUCCCCUCCGCACAAAUCUCCGCGGAGCAGAAACACAACUUUACGGAGCAGCUUCUCAGGGAGCAAAGCAACAAACGUCGUGUAAAGGAGAUGGUGAAGGAAUUCUCUCUGCUUUGCCGAGGCCUUCAGGGGUCUGGACACUGCCUUUACUAGGCCCCACGGAAGGGAUGGACUAUCCACCAAGAAAGGAAAAUUCAAACACUUGGACUUAACGGUGGACAUUUGGAAGCGUGGGAUGUACUCAUGACCGUAAACAGCAAAAUAAUACGUGAACUGCUCAGUUGUCAUUGUUCAUGAAGUGUGUGAGAUUGUGUGCUGUUUAUUGUUUUGCUGAUCCCUUGAAUAUUGGCAUAUUACACUGUGGUACAUUUUGAAAAGAAAUAAUGUGUUGAGUGAAAUUUUUAUGCUGAUUCCAAAAUUGUAGUCACUUGUGAACUCAAUAAAAAUCCUUAAAAAUUAAA